AUGGUCCUGUCAAUAAUCCGCGCGAGCUGGCAGUGUUACACUGCGCUCGAGAGGCGCAAUAUAGCCCUCUACAUCCUGGGCAUUAUGCUCUACAAAUUCGGGCUGGAGGCUUUCAAUGGAUCCAUUGUCUCUCUGGCCACCAACAGAUACGACUAUGAUGCGUUGGUCUCUAACUCGACUCCCAAAACCUUUGAACGAGUCGGGCUCCUUACUGGACUUAACCAAGCCUUCCAGUGCAUAGGUGCCAUCCUUAUAGCACCCCUCGUCCGGAGAGCUCCCACAAAAUUAGUCUUGGCAAUCUCCGUUCUCGUUUUUGGUCUCUUCACCGCACUGCUCCUGAUCGUGGAUGCCAGUACCGGCGGGAAAUUCAUGCCCAAGAGUUUCCAGCAUAGCCAUCCCAGGAACGAUUUUUCCUACUAUGGCAAGUACAACACAGACGGGUUAAUUCCCAUCUACUCAGUUACUGGUAUCGCCUACGGGAUGGUAGAACUGAUCCGUCGUGUCAUUCCAAGAGAUAUCGUGGGGGGAAAUGUCCAGAAACUUCGUCGGCUCGAUGCAUUAGUUCACAUCUUUUAUGAAAUUGCUGGAACUGGCGGCGCAUUCUGCACAGCCCUGGCCCUAAUCCCGAAUCUAGGAAAUAACUAUUCUUUCAUAAUCACCCCCGUUUGUUUUGCCAUGGCCGCCUGUACAUGGUACUCUAUAACCAACCUGGACUUCAAGCCCCAAGUACAAGAAGUGCUUUCCGAACAUCCUGCAUACGUCAAAUCAAUCGUCGGGUCAUUUCUACUCUUCUUCGAAUCAUUCUGGACGGGCGGCAAGCUCAUAUUCACUAAUCGGCGGUUCAUCUGGCUGUUGCCCGGAUACGCCAUUGCGUUGUAUGGCCACCGCUACCUGGAAAAUGGGAUAGCACCGGCAAUAGCCCGACGAUAUCUGGGCAAUUCAGCCUGGUCGCAGCUGAUCGUUGGGGGCUCAAAUUUGGGCGAACUGAUAGGUGCUUCAUUUGUGUUCUUUUUUACGAACCUCAUUACCACCCCCAUUCCAUGGAUCCGGCUUGAUGCGGUACUGUUGUUGGUAGUAUGGUACUUGCCAUUUUGGUACCCCCCGGCUGGCCAGGUUGGCUAUGCCUGGAUAGCCGGCGCCACGUUUCUCCCCAUAUCUAUCGGCUGGGCUGCCGGCGAUGUCUCUCUCGCUGCAUACAUCCAGGCGACACUUGCGCGCGUGGAGUCUAAGACACGGAAUGUCUCCGCCUUGGGCGCCGUGAUGGCGUUCCUCUACACCACCUACAUUGUCCUGUACGCCAUCACUUCCCCGGCUCUAGGCUCGUACAUAGACCACGUCUUCAACGAAUCUGGUGGAGCCGAGAAUGGCGGCGACAUACACCUAGCGAUACUGAACGUAGGCGCCGUUCAAUUCACCAUCCUGGCAGUGGUUAUUUUGGGCGCGACAUUUGUACCCCAGGGGGCCGUCGCACUUAACCCAGAGAUAUUGUUCGACCAGAAGCUGGACACGGAAAUAGUCAAGCCUAGCAAGCUGGAUGACGGGAUCGAUAUGCCGAAGCGCCGCAAGGAUAGGGAAUAUACUAAUAACUAUUCAAUUCUCAAUGGCAGCAGUCACACUAGUCGUCAUGAAGUCUAUGAUGGCGGAAGUCGGCACCAGCGUUAUGCAAAUGUAGCAUAG